AUCGGGGCCUUUUAUCCUCUUUAUCACGUCAAUUUUGGGGGGCAGGAGGCGACACGAGAGUCGCCUUGCAGCUCUGGGUGCCAGUUCCUCCCCUUGGGGUUCCCGUCGAGAUCCUGAUCGUUCUGAUUCCAUUGAAUUCCCGUUGAGUUCUCAUUGACUUUCACUGCACUCUCAUCAGAUGCUCGUUGAAUUUCACUGAAUUUUCCUUGACUUUCACUGAACUCUCAUUGAAUUCUCCUUGAGUUCUCACUGAAUUCCAUUGAAUUCUCACUGAAUUUUCUCUGUCAUGGCAUUAUUUGAUGCAUUGGGACUGGACGUUGCCUUAGGUAAGAGGAAAGGGAGCAGACCACCUUUUUUGGGGGGCAGGAGGCGCGGUGUUCUCUCAGUGUUGGCACUUUGCACACUUUUGGUCAGAUCCCUCUGACCAGAAUAUGGCAAUAAUAAUUAAUAUCAAUUAGGAUCUCGUCUAUAGAACAGAAUCUUUUCACAGCAUUAAGCACGAGAAGCUCCUGUUGGGUCCCUCUCUGCUUUUUUUUGGAGGCACUUUUCCAGCCUGGAGGAGCGACAUCUGCAAUUAAUUUGCAGGCAUUCAGCUGCUUGCUGCCCUUUCUGGGGCCAAUUGCAAGCUAAUUAACGGCGUUCCGCCUUAAUUGCUGGUGUAGGAUCGUUAUCUCCAAGCUCUCAUGAUGCAGAUCAUGAGGCAGGCUGAUCAUUUAUUAAAUUCAUCAUCACCCUGUGAUUCUAAACCCUCCAAAGAGCGGUGUCUGGGACCUCUAGAAGCAACCCCACGCAUGGAUCAAUUAGCAACCCCUUGCAUCGACUUAUUAGCCCCCCCAUAUAUGGAUUUAUCGAUGAUCUCUGAUUUAAGCUGCAUUUUUAGGUCUCUCCGUGAAACUUUUAUCACCUGACCAAGAAUCCCAUUCUUUGCCUUUGAGACAUCCCACUGUGCCCUACCCCCACCAACAGAACCUUCUGUGUCGGGGUUGGUUUUCAUCCGUUUCCACAAAACGAAGAAGUUUGGGUGUGAAUUAAUUUCCUCAUCCCUAUGUUUGGGUUGGUUUUUUUUUGGCCCAUGAGAGUCUUUGAUUCAUCCCUCUGUCACCAGAUGAGAAGCGUUUGCAGCUCGCACCCUUUAUUUUUGAAGGGAAGGGAUGAUGUCGCAAGUGGAAAUUCUCAUCUCAGCCCCUCGACACGUCUCAUUAAUCCCCUCGUUAGUGCCCACUGCUAUUUAUGACUUCUGACUUUGCUAUUAUUUCCUGUCUGUUGGGAGCAAGCGCGCUGUUUGUUAGCAGCUCUGGCCUUUCCCCCCCCCCUUUUUUUUUUCAUAUUAUUUUCCCACUAAAAUGGGAAGAGGACACGAGGAAUCGGAGCGGCAGAUGGGAAACGGUUCUGCUUUUACAAAAGCCUUGGCGAGGAGCUUGGAUUAUUCUGAGCCGGGCAGGGAGGUGCUGAGCAAGGCACAAUUAGACGCAGUCCUAAUGACACCGCCUCGUUACACGGGGAGGACUUCACGCAGAAGCGGCGCUGAUUUGGGUUUUGAGACCUGAGAUUUUUCCCUUGGCCUCAUUUUUUUUCUUUUUUAGAGUUUGCACGAAGUGGAUUUUAUCCAUCUGCUGCUGAGAUGCGUUGAGCCCUCCUAGGCAGAACCAGCUUUGCCCUGGUUGGAAAACUUCAGAUAUUGCACUGAAAACUGCAAAAUUAAGUGCAGAGAAGAGGAAGGCACUGCCAGGAAAUCUCACAGCAAACUUGUGAUACCGAAAUCCGUCGGUGGUGCAGGGCUGAAUUGAGAGUUUGGGGCAAUGAUCUCAUGGCCUGGCUGGGAGGGAAGUGAUGCUUCUGCUGAACUGCAGAACAAGAGCUGCUAAAAAUAUCGUGGUGCUGAUGCCGCCGUGGGGCAGAGCGUUGCAGCUUCCUUCAGGCCCCGCGCUGGUCUCGACCGUCAAGAAAGGGUGCCUGAAAACAAGAAGCGCUACAGUGAGAUAUUCCGCAGCCUGGAUGCCAUAGAAAUCUCGAUUGGAAAUGCGGCAGUUGAUAUGUUCAUCGGUGACGCCGAUGACAUCGGCGACGCAGAGCUGCCCGAGGAAAGGGAGAUCGUUGCGCCAAGUGAAGAUUUCUCCAAGAGCAAAAGCAAUUCGGAGAGGCAAGUGCAGGGAGACCUGACAGUCGAGGAGGCGGAUGAAAUGCUGAUAAAAAACGAAGGCGGCAUUGACGCGGCCCUGGAGUACGCCAAACUGUGGUGUAAAUACGUCAAAGAGCUCCUCAGCUGGAUCGAGAAACGCCUGAAUUACGAGACAGAGUUUGCCAAAGGGAUCUUGAAGAUAGCGGAGUCGGGACGGAACGCCAUCAGCCAUCAGACCAAUAUGCCUCUUCGGACACUCUAUAUGAUGGUCUUGGAGCAUGAUAUCAAGAUUGGAAAUGCAGCCAGCGAGACCGUGGGGUUGCUCCAACAGAAGGAAUUCUACCAGCCUCUCUCGGCCAAGAAGAAUGAGAUUGAGAAGUGGAGGAAAGAGUUCAAAGAUCAGUGGACAAAGGAGCAGAAAAGAAUGAACGAAUCCCUGUCCUUGCUGCGCAAAUCCCGCCUGCAGUACAUCCAGCGCUGCGAGGAGCUGGAGAAAGCCAAGUUUCUGAGCGCAAAGGCCGAGGAUGAGUACCAGAACGUGGCCGUCGUCAGUCCCAGCAGUGCCAUCAAGCAGCUGGAGAAGCGACGGCGCUCCUGCGAGGAGGCACAAGCCAAGGUUCAGGAAACAGAAGCUUUUUUCAAGUCGUGCAUCAACGACGCCAACUUUCGACGACAGGAACUGGAGAAGGUGCGGGCGCGGAUCGUCUCCCACAUUCGGAAGCUCAUUUACCAAGGAGACGAGGUGCUGACGUGGGUCACGUUGAGGAUGUUUAAGCAGAGGCAGACUCAGUCAGAACCGAUCCCGGUGGGAUACCAGCACCUGUCUGAGGUCUGCAAGCCGUACAGAAUGGGCGAGAAAUACCUGGAGUUCAUCCAGGCUCUGCAGAAGAAAGACAUUUCCAUGGAGCACUUUGAAUUCGAGCCACUCUCUUGCGGAGGACAGAGGUCUCCUCCCAGCAGCAAAAAGAAGAUGCCGCUGCAUUACACGGGAUACAGCAAGGAUGGGAGCACCCCAGAAGAUACCCCCAGAAGGCACAUUUCCCCUAACGGAGAGCAGAGUGUGAACAAAUCCCUCUGCGGCGACAUGGAGAGCCUCGGUGGGAGCUGCGAGUCCCGAUCCCUGGACUCUCCCAACUCUAGCCCAGGAAACUCCACCAGGAAACUGUUGAAAGCUUCAUCCACAGGCACCGUGUCCUCCUCGGAUGACUUUGAAGAGAGAGAUUCGUUGCAAACUUCUGAAAACGAAAAUGGCACGUCCCAGCAGCAGUUCAGGAGCGCCGUCCUCUCCAGCGCGGCACAGACCCAUCGAUUCAGGAGACUGAGAGGGCCAACCAAGUGCAGAGAGUGCGACAAUUUCAUGGUCAACAGCUUCGAGUGUGAGGAGUGCUACCUGACCUGCCACAAGAAGUGUCUGGAGAGCCUGCUGAUCACCUGCGGCCGCAAGAAGCUGCCCAUCCGGGUGCCUCUCUUUGGCAUUGACUUCACCCAAGUUCCUCGAGACUUCCCGGAGGAGGUUCCCUUCAUCGUGGUGAAGUGCACCUCCGAAAUUGAAGCUCGUGCGUUGGGAGUGCAGGGGAUCUAUCGGAUAAGCGGAUCCAAAGCCCGGGUGGAAAAGCUGUGCCAAGCGUUUGAGAACGGCAGGAGCCUGGUGGAGCUCUCCGAGCAUUCACCCCACGACAUCACUGGUGUCCUGAAACAUUUCCUGAAGGAACUUUCGGGACCUAUUCUGCUGUACCAGCUCUAUGACGACAUCAUUGCGCUUGCCAAAGAGCUGCAAAAAGCUGGAGAAGAGAAGGUGGACUGCACGAGCUUCCCCUCAGAUCCCAUCCAGAGCAUGAAGGACUUGCUGAGCAAAUUGCCUGGGAGCAACUACAACACUCUGCGGCAUCUCAUCGCACACCUGUACAGGGUGGCAGAGAAAUAUGAAGAGAACAAGAUGUCCCCAAACAACCUGGGCAUCGUGUUUGGCCCCACUCUGAUCCGGCCGGGCUCAGGGAGCGACGUCUCCAUGUCCUGCCUUGUCGACUCCGGGUAUCAAGCCCAAAUUGUGGAGUUUCUCAUCCAGAACUACGAAAGGGUGUUCGGGAUGGAGGACCUGCCCUUAUCCUUAUCCCUCGGGUGUGAAAACCCUUUGCAAGAAGCGUCGACAGAAAAGGAUGAAGGACACCAGAGCCCAAACACAGCCCAGAAUGUAACUCUAGAGAAUCUCUCCUCCAAGCACGGUUCCAGUGUGGACAACGUGUCUGAUAUCUCUUCUUCCGGAGAAGCCAUCGAUGGGUUCGUGCUGGAGAGCGCCCACAGCUCCGAAGGUGGAGAAGCGAAUGCGAGCGUUGGCUCCGAGCCGGAGGACGCGGAGGAGAAGGCAGACAGCGAUUCAGAGCCGGUCCUUGGGACUCAGCCACGGGGCCACUUCAGCCGUCAGCCCGUGAAAUACGUCCGAGCACAGCCGAAAGCACGACCGCACAUUCCCAAGCCUUCCAGCUUGCCCUUGAGGGCUACCGCGUCACCCAGCGUGGCAACGGACUCUGGGGCAGAGGGCAGCCCCACUGAUGGCACCUGUACGGGGAAGGAGAUCCUGGAAGAGAGGACGAGGAGCAGGAACAGCUCUCCAGACAUGAGCACCCUCAGGCAUCGAGGGAAACAGCCCAAACGUUUCGAGAUCACCGAGGAAACCGCCAGGAUCAUCUCCAAGUUUAAAGCUGAUGAUGUUUCCGUGUCCCCCGAGCCUUCUUCGGAUGGGAAAGCGGUGAAAUUCGACGGAGAGACAAUCGCAGAGAAAAUCCCAUAAGGGAGACAGCUGGAAGGAGCGGAGAGGACUGCAGUCCCACUGAGAUGCUGCUGCAGAAAGGGAUAAGUAAAGAGAUGUGGGGCGAGAACAACAUCCCACAUCUGCACAUGCGGAGCAGGGAGGAGAAACACAUUUGCUUGGGUUGACCUGGCGGACUUUGAGCGAGCCCAGGAUUUGCUCAUUUGCUGAAAAAUCCAGCACAAACCCAAAGUCUCUCCCUGUGCAACAGGCCCACGAGGCACAAGAGGAGUGAAGGAAACACAGAUUGUCUCGAUAGAAUCGUGGGCUCACGGAGGUUGGAAAAGAUCGCUGAGAUCGUCCAGCCCGACCAUUUUCCAGCACUGAUUUUUCUCGGUUUUAUUUCAGCAUUUUUUUUUUUUUUGAGAGUUAUUCCAACAGAAGAAGGUCCAUAGGCAAAGUGUAGGUGCUCUGGGUGUCGCUGGAGUUUCCACUGGCUCAUCAGCACGAAGCCACAUGUAAAGAGGACAGACUUUGCCAGAUGAAGAGCCGCAGCGCAGCUCUCAUUUCUCCAAACUAUUUGGCUCUGUUGCCCUUAGAUCUUCAGCUUCUGCACUACUUGUGAUGCUGGUGUUGCCACGAAGGGGAGGAACCCAUGGCAGAGGAGAAGAUGUUCUUCACCCUACAACAAGGGCAACCCACCUUGCUGGGUCUCCAUCCCACCUGCACAGGGAUCGCCCCAAUUUCUGCCUCCCCGCGGCAGAUUUUCUGCAGAAAAAUAGGAACUCGGUCCUAUAGUGCCAUCUCGUGACACAUGCACGUAGAAGAGUCUUCCUACGCUGUUCCUGGGGAUAACUGCGCACUGUGGGAUGGCGUUACCGUCAAAGAAUGAGGAAAUCUGCAUGAAAUUUGGGAAACGGUGCAAAAUGCUGCACAAGGGCUGGUGUCGGUGAUUUCCACCCGCUGCAAAGACACUGGGAGAGGCGUGGAGAUGCCAAAGCAAGGGGAAAUCUUCCAUGUUCCCAGCCCGAAGGGAAACCUUCCAACUGCCAUCCCAAAGGGAAAACUUUUGCUCUUCCAGCCCAAAGGGAAACCUUCCAAUUGCAAACCCAAAGGGAAAACCUUCUGCUCUCCCAACCCAAAGGGAAAACCUUUUAUGUUCCCAACCCAAAAGGAAACCCUCCAAUUGCCAACCCAAAAAGAAACUUUCCUCUCUCCCAACCCAAGGGGAAACAUUCCAUGUUCCCAACCCAAAGGGAAACCUUCCACACUGCAAACCCAAAGGGAAACCUUCUGCUCUCCCAACCCAAAGGGAAUCCUUCAAUGUUCCCAACCCAAAGGGAAUCCUUCCACAUUCCCAACCCAAAGGGAAUCCUUCCAAUUGCCAACCCAAAAGGAAAACCUUCUGCUCUCCUAACCCAAAGGGAAACCUUCCACCUUCCCAACCUAAAGGGAAAACCUUCCGCUCUCCCAGCCCAAAGGGAAACCUUCCCUGUUCCCAACCCAAAGGGAAACCUUCUGCUCUCCCAACUCAAAGGAAAACCUUCUGCUCUCCCAACCCCAAGGGAAUCCUUCCACAUUCCCAACCCAAAGGGAAACCUUCCAAUUGCCAACCCAAAGGGAAACCUUCUGCUCUCCCAACCCAAAGGGAAACCUUCUGCUCUCCCAACCCAAAGGGAAACCUUCUGCUCUCCCAACCCCAAGGGAAUCCUUCCACGUUCCCAACCCAAAGGGAAACCUUCCAAUUGCCAACCCAAAAGGAUAGCUUCUGCUCUCCCAGCCCAAAGGGAAACCUUCCAAUUGCCAACCCAAAAGGAAACCUUCUGCUCUCCCAACCAGCUGAAGAGGUUAAACCACCCAAUUCCUCUCUCAUCUCAUCAAUGGACAUCGUUUCGGUCCUUUUUCUUAACGAAGUUGUAAAGGGAAAUGCUGAUGAUCUCUUGCUCCUAUUUGUACAGUUCAGGUUAUCAGAGUUUGCAUCUCUGGAGCGAUGUACAUUUGUGAAUAUAUCGCUUUGAAUACUAAGUUAUCAUCGACUGUAGAGCUUCUGUAAUAAAUUACCGGGUGUUUUAUUAUAACUUUC